AUGGCCAGUCUGCCAGUUGAGCUGCUGUCCGAGAUUUUCGUGCAUUCUAUGCCAGAAACACAUUCAAACGCCAGCAUCCAUGACUCGCCGCUGCUUCUGACGCGUGUCUGCCGACUCUGGCGCGAUCUUGCCUUUGCUACCCCAGUGCUGUGGGCGGCCUUCUCCAUCGAGUUGGUAUCCGACAAGAAGAUUUUAUCGCCUAACAAUGCGAACUUGUGGCUCUCGCGAUCGCAAAACCUUCCUUUGUCGAUAUACGUUGAAGAUUCCAGUGUCUCCGAGCCUGACCUGCAACGAUGGGCAUUCUACGAGGAACUGUGCCGACACGCCCAUCGAUGGCAGGAUGUGACUCUCAACAUACCAUUCACGAUCCUUUGGCGCCUCCCUAUUCAACAUCGUGGGGCACUGGUGAUGCUAGAACGGCUCAAGAUGGGACGUGAUGAAGGUGAACAGUACGUUCCGGACCACAGAGUCACGACCUUCAUGACGGCUCCUCAGCUGAGGGCUGUCGAUAUAACGCUGGACGCCGACCAAACAGUUAAUGUCCAGGGAAUUAGUCUUCCUUGGGCCCAGUUGACGGUCUUCCGCGGUCGACCGUUCGCUACUGACGAGUGUUUGUUCGUUUUGCUCCAGGCCACGCGCCUUACCGAAUGCGAAUUCGACGAUAUCAUUGAAGGGAACUCGUAUGAGUAUGUGGUUGCUCCAUCACUUCAAGUUCUUCGCCUCGACUCGUUUCCAUUGCACACAUGCGCACCAGUAAUGUCGUUACUCACUGUCCCCACCCUCAGAAAAUUGGCUUUGGGAUCAAAGACGCAAAAUGCCCCAGGCGAUAUCGUGUGGCCCGCCUUCCGACGUUUCCUCUCGAGGUCUUCAUGCUCACUCACCCACCUCCUCAUCUCCGCCAACACGUCCGUCAGCGAAUGGGAUAGGAUCAUGCUGCACUACUCUCUCUUCCCUCUACUAGAGCACCUCGAAAUAUUCUGGUUUCAUGAGGACUCCAAUAUCGUGCCGCUAAUCCAGACUUCAGACACCGGGACCCCACUGCCGCGACUGCAUGCAAUUGUCUUGCACUCCCAAACAUCACCGAAGGAGGCAUCGCUCAUGAACAUCAUCUCUCUUCUGUUUGCGCGAACGGCAGAUGAUUGGCCGGCGACAAGCCUCCGUCGGUUUGAAUACACGUGGGAUACCGUUCUAGAAACCAAGUAUCUUCUCGACGAAACGGUCCGGGCUCUGACGAGAUGUCGUGAAAUCCUCGCAUGUGUGCCUUUUCGUUUUGGAGGAAGCAACUAUUCUCAGGGACACUGGCAGCCAUUGAUUUCCUAUGUAACUGUGGCUACACUCUAA